ACCUACAUAAUAUAUAGAUCUCCCACACACUUUACAAAUCCAAACUUACUUUAUAUAUAUAAAAUUAUUAUUAUUAUUAUUUUAAAUAUUUUUUAAUAUAUAUGCCUGUUCAAGGCCGCCCCGCCACAUCACCACCAAUGAUAUCAUCAUCAUCAUCAAUUACCAACAACGGCAGCACCACCGUGACCGAAAACGAAAGUGAAUGGGUAUGGAACGAAAUCAAAGCCGAAGCGCGCCGUGACGCUGAGUCAGAGCCGGCUUUAGCCAGCUACUUAUACUCAACAAUAAUAUCACACGCAUCUCUCACGCGCUCACUUUCUUUCCAUUUAGGCAACAAACUUUGUUCUUCAACACUUUUAUCCACGCUCCUGUACGAUCUUUUCCUCAACACGUUCUCUUCUGACCCGUCGCUGCUUUCUGCCACCGUUGCCGACCUACGCGCCACCCGUCAACGAGACCCCGCGUGUAUCUCAUUCGCUCAUUGUUUGUUGAAUUAUAAAGGAUUUUUAGCUAUUCAGGCCCAUCGUGUAGCCCAUAGACUUUGGGCUUUGAAUCGGAAGCCAAUUGCACUUGCCCUGCACUCGCGUAUAGCCGAUGUUUUCUCUGUUGAUAUCCAUCCUGCUGCUAGGCUUGGAAAAGGGAUUCUGUUGGAUCAUGCAACUGGCGUGGUGAUAGGGGAAACAGCCGUUGUUGGGAAUAAUGUAUCGAUUUUGCAUCACGUGACAUUAGGUGGGACUGGGAAGGUAGGUGGAGAUAGGCAUCCUAAGAUUGGGGAUGGGGUUUUGAUCGGUGCUGGUGCAACUGUGUUAGGGAAUGUUAAGAUUGGGGAAGGGGCGAAGAUUGGGGCAGGGUCAUUGGUGAUGAUUGAUGUGCCACCGAGGACGACGGCAGUUGGGAAUCCGGCAAGAUUGGUUGGUGGGAAAGAGAAGCCAGAAGUGCAUGAGGAUGUUCCUGGGGAGACAAUGGAUCAUACGUCGUUUAUUUAUGUGAUUUGAAAAGUUGAUGAUGAUAAAAUUUAUGUUUGAGAUUAUUGUUAUGUAGCACUAAGAAUUUGAUUAGCGUUGGUCGAUAGUUAGAUUGAAUAAAACGUAAUGUGAAUGCACGAGAAACUCGAUCAGAGUUUAGAUUGUAGAACUCGGCCUUUUGUAAGUCUCAAUCUUCUGUAUUCUAAUUGAACCGUAAGAGCAUUUAAUUAUCAAUACUUGAUCAGGUUUGUCUCUUAAA